CCGCCCCCAAUCGCUGCGUGACGUCCUCCACGCGCGACGCGGAGUCGCCCUCUACCACCCCCACCACCACAAUCGUCAACGCGCUGUGAGCGUCCAAAUCUCCUGCGCCCUCGGUCAACCUCAGCGGCGAUGUCAGGCUUCGCACUAUACUGGAGCAAGAUGCGGCCCUAUUACCUUAACGCCCAUCCCCAGGUGUGGGUGGGCGUAGGCGUUAUGUUCUUCCUCUACUACAAACUCUCAUUCGGAGGCAACAAAGCGGUGAAGAGCAGUAGCACGGGUCACUAAUGUAAAUGUACCCCCAUGAAGACCGACCACAUUGCUGCACAUCUCCCUUCAAUGGACCAUGCCCUGGUUUAGACUUUGUGCUGGAUGCAAUAGGAACAUUGAUCACUGAGACUGUCAUUGUACCUAUUGUAUAACCUUUGUCACAAUAAAAUGUGAAAUCGAAAUGUUACUUCUCGUAUUUAGAUCUGCUAUUUCCAUCACAAUAGUCCUCAUUACAGUACUUCAGUUGAUAGAUUGGGUAUUGUAAACAUAUCUACAUUAAACAAGGAUGGUUAGGGAUAUUUCAUAAACUGUAAGAUUUAUAGAAAUACCACAAAUAUUUGCUUGAAAAUACAAAUUAACCAGGUCUAAUAAUAAAUUUAAAAGUCAGACUGGCUGUGGUACAUCUCUAAAAUGAGAUGGAUGUCUGGACACGAUAUGCCCUCAACUUGUGUCCAACAAUAAAAUUAACUUGGAAAAUAA